AUGGAGGAAUUGGCCAGAGAGAGCAUCAGUCUUCUGGCUUCAGCCUCGGCCAAGCCGCCUCUGGACGUUGGGCCCCGGCUGGGCUCCGUGGGGGCCAUUUUCAUCAUGCUUAAAUCCGCUCUGGGUGCUGGGCUCCUCAACUUCCCCUGGGCCUUCGAGAGAGCCGGAGGAAUCCACAGCGCAGUCACCGUGGAGCUGGUUUCCCUCGUGUUCCUGAUUAGCGGCCUGAUUAUCCUGGGCUAUUCCUCGUCCAUUAGUGGCCAAUGCACCUACCAGGCGGUGGUGAAGAAGAUAUGUGGGCAUGUCAUUGGCCAGCUGUGUGAGAUCUGUUUUGUCUUCAACCUCUUCAUGAUCUCUGUGGCCUUUCUGGUCAUAGUGGAUGACCAGCUGGAAAAGUUGGGCGACUCCCUGCAUGAGCUGGUAACUAAUCUUCCGGAGUCAGAGAUGCCAGAACGCUUCUACAUGGACCGGCGCUUCGCUUUGGUGCUGCUCUGUUUCUUCCUCAUCCUGCCAUUAUCCAUCUCCAAAGAGAUCAGCAUUCAGAAAUACAUCAGGAUGAACUCCUGGGCCGCCAUGUUCAGUGUCAUCCCGACCAUCUGCUUCGGUUUCCAAGCUGGAGGCCAGUGCAAGCACAGCUGUCUGUGGAGGAAUAAGCUGCAGUUGUUGGUAACUGUAAACGUUCACACUUCUCCCUCUGUUGCAGGAGUUUAUGGGUUCCUGACAUUUGGAAAGGACGCGAGGCCUGACAUUUUAAUGUCGUACACUAGCAGCGAUGUCCUGAUGCUGAUCGCGAGGCUGCUGUUUGGCAUCUCUAUCAUCACCAUCUAUCCCAUCACCCUGCUGCUCGGCAGAUCAGUGAUCCAGGACCUGCUGCUGAGCAGGCGACAGAGACGCAUCGGCGUGGUGACGGUAGACUUUGAAAGCCGCAGCCGCUACAUGCUAACGCUCCUAUGGAUAACUGCGACGCUGCUCAUCGCUGUGUUUGUACCAGACAUCAGCAAGGUCAUCAGUGUGAUCGGAGGGAUCAGCGCAUUUUUCAUCUUUAUCUUCCCAGGGCUCUGUUUGAUGUUUGCCAUGCAGUCAGAGCCGGUGUCCUGUAAGACCAGAGUCAUCUUCACGGUUUGGGGGGUGGUGACGCUCAUCUGUGGAGCCUUCAUAUUUGGCCAGAGCACCACCAUCGCUGUUAUGCAGCUCCUCGGAAAGAUCUGACUUUUCCACGUCCCUUGAUGGUCCGAGUGUUUUUAGAAACAGACAGUGGGGAAUAAACCUGAAAUAACCGAUGGUGAGUUAUGGCUCUUUAACAACACACGGAGAUGACCCUGGAUCAGUGAAGCAGCCUUUCAAAACUUGCAGCUUAUGGUUUUUAAAGGACUGAAGCCAGCAAUCAUGCCUCCCUCCUCAAGUACAGGAUGUUACUUUCACUUGGGAUAAUUAUUCCUACUUGCUAUAUGAUUAUCUAUGUCUGUACCUCUUGCCUUGCUGACAUGAAAUCCUCAGGUAUUUUCUAUAGUUUGUGCUUACAGUCUUAUAACACACUGCUGCACUGCUACACUUAGCUUUAUCUGUACAAAGCUUAGUGUAGAGCUUUAUCUUAAUAUUGUAGAGUGUUAUAAAAUGACACACAGCACCUUUUCCACAUUUUCUUGAAUAGAUUCUACUUUAAUUAAAGUGAAAAUAUUCUCAAUAGUGCAACAUAAAUAAUCAAGAGCCGUUAAAACUUAAAAAAUAUUAUCCUGCAGGCCAAAUGGGAUGUGUUAAUGAGACAUGACCUUUUUUUUAAAUGAUAAAUCUUUUUCAUCAUUUCCUGCUUGCCUGUUAAUGCUGAUAUGUGGGUAGGCCUUUAGUGGAGCCAUAAAAGACUGUCACAACAGUAGCUUGAGGUUGCAACAUGAAUUCAGGAGA